CCUAUCCAACAUGUGUGUGCUUUCGUUUUCACCAUUUCGUUAGAAGAUGACUUGUUAUCGAUACUUGGUACAUUUUGCAUACAUCGGUAAACCAUACAGGGGAUUGCAGAUUCAGGGAAAUUGUGGUCCCGUCUCGGAUAAAACAGUUCAGAAUGUUUUACAGAAAAACUUGAGAACUGUAUUGCAGCAACCAUCUCUGAAGACAUCUAUUGGUAGCCGCACAGACAAAGGCGUGAAUGCUCUGUCUUGCUGUCUCCACUUCAAUCUACCUUUGGGGUCCACCUUGGAAAAUGGAAAAAUUGUCCAGCCUCCUAAUUUGGAAAAGCUUGCCAAGAACGUGAACGUCAGACUUCAACUUUAUCAGGAAUCAGUUCGGGUGUUGAAAAUCCAGCAAGUUCCCAGUACAUUCCACUGCCGUUUUCAGGCACUGUGCAGACAUUAUGUAUACCGUCUGGCAAUUGGACGUAAAGAUAAUAAUGAUUCCUACAACCAGGCGUUUGUGGAAAGUGCAGAAAUGCAAUGGGUCCGGGAUUCCAUGUUUGACACAGGCAAAUUUAUUAAGGCUGCCGAGAUGUUCUCUGGAAAGAACCAGUUCUUUUUAUAUAAAAAAUCUGAUAAAAAAAUUAGCCGUGUCGGUCCAACAGAGCGAUCAGUUAUAGUGCACAUACGCCGUGGGAACUCACUGUCUAAUGAAUACUGUGGAGGAAGUGCAGAGUUCUGGGAUGUUCACAUAGCAAGCUGUGCUUUCAUGAGAAAACAGGUGCGGGAAAUGGUAGGUGAUAUGAUUAAUGUUGGAAAAGGAACUAGAAGUCUGGAAGACUUGACAGACAGGCUGAAUGGCAAGGGGGAAAGGGACCCAACGUGUUCAGCAGGUGCAUGUGCACUCUUUCUGAAGUCAAUUGUGUACAAUGCAAAAGUCCUUGAUUUCAAAGAGGAUCAAACAGACCAGCUAUUGAAAGAAUCACGUGUUUUUGAGGGCCCACAUUUCAAGAAGCAUCAGACUGGUACUGAAUAUAGAACAAUGUCAAAACAAACAAUAAAUUCAGAUGAAUGCAAGGACAGUAAAGGGAGCAAGCAAUACCGAGAUAAACACGAUGAUAUUUUAUAUCAGGACGACGUUCAGCGAAAUGAUCAUCAGCAAACUUCAAGAACUUAUGACAGUGUGUUUAUUAAAUUGGUAAGGUCAGUGAUGAAAAUGUUUGAAAACAAGUCUCAAUAAACUUUCAAGGAAGUAUUUGUAGAGUUGACUUUGUUGUGUAUAUCACCAGCAAUAAUUACUUCUAAUUAGGUUUUACACAGUAAAAACAAUUAAAAAAAAUGCUCAAG